AUGGUACUCUAUCACGCAAACGGGAGAGUUGUUCAGGCACACGAAGACUAUCUGGAACAACAAGCACAUUCAAUCGCGAGAAAAUGUGAUUAUGUCGAUCAGAUCGACGUCUACAAGCAGAGAAAUGCUGUCAAGUCUGCUGAUGAAGUUCAAAUUAUCAUCGAUGGUCAAAAGUAUAUGACGCUCUAUUGUGAGAGAGCAGGCGAUUCGGAGAUACUAGAAAAGUUCAGACAGACCAAUGAGUACAAAAUUCCCACGACUGUUGAUCGCCGAACUCUAGUGGUCUGCUCAACCUUUGCUGAGGAAUACUUCACAUACAAUCCAUGGGAAAACGGCCUGCAUUUACCAGUCUGCUACCCCAAAGGGCGAAAGGAGGACGAUAAACUGGACCGUCAAAUGGCUUUCAUAAGGCGAGAAGAAAUCGAGAACUAUGUUAUUCCAUGGCUGAAGAGGAUGCAGGAAAAAUUUGGCAGGGCUGAGGCAUCACACAGCGAACCGCCCAGGGGAUCGACAACGCCGCUCAAAAGGACGAGGCUCGCACAGUCUUUAGUAUCGUGGUCAGAUCAGUCUGUUGUUAUGGGUAUACCCGAACUACUUUUGGACAAGAUCCAUCUCUACAAUGCUAUGCUCCAGUUAGGUCUGCCCAAGUUCGUACAAUUGCCGCUCAUCGAUGCACUGGUUCUUCAAAUGUACCGCACAAAUCUUGAAGCGUGUGAACUCGACGCACUGGAGCACACAAUCGGUCGCUUUUACUCAAGAGGUGUCGCAGUACUCGAUCCAGUACUCAAUCAUUUCAUUGGUACAUACUCUUUCAGAAGCCUGGGAGAUCGCACGAAGCCAGAGCCCUCAGGCCACAGUGCCAGACUGGCAGACGAUACGGAUGCUGCUGGCAAGGAAUUGGCGAAAGGAAUAACAGAAGAAAACUCAACAGAAUCAGGGGCGAUAGAUGCAAUAAAUGAAGAGCAAGCAAACAGCACUACCACGAAGGCUGAUAACAACAAAUCAGAUCUUGGACCUGAGAAAUGGAAGAAGAAAAGACGAUACCUUCAAUAUUGCGAUUUGGACGCGAACCGCAAAGACUAUACUCGCGAUACAUAUAUCCUACCACCCGAACUACCAGUCAUUGGUCAUAGUAUAAGGCAUUGGUCUGGCGUCCGUCGGAACCAGAGCACAGCUGCAGCGCAUACCGGCUUUCCACUCAACAUAGGAAAGUACAAAAAGCUCAUCCGUCGUAAUUCAACAGAUGCGAUCGAUGAGAGAGAUUGGUCUGAAGAGAAGACCAACCGCUUGAUCGGUCAGACAGAGUAUCAAGAAAACGGCCCGGGGAAAGAAAAAAAAUAG